AUGGCUGUUGAUCUAUCUAUCUAUCUAUCUAUCUAUCUAUCUAUCUAUCUAUCUAUCUAUCUCAGUUCUUUUCAUAUCUGUCUUUUCAUAUCUAUCUCAUUCUGUGAAUAUCUAUCUAUCUAUCUAUCUAUUCAGUUCGUUUCAUAUCUAUAUCAUUCUUUUCAUAUCUAUCUCAGUCUGUUCAUGUCUAUCUAUCUAUCUCGUUUUUUUUCAUAUCUAUCUCAUUCUGUUAAUAUCUAUCUAAAUUCUUUUUCCUAUCUGAGUCUCUUCAUAUCUAUCUAUCUAUCUAUCUAUUCAGUUCGUUUUCAUAUCUAUCUCAUUCUUUUCAUACCUAUCUCACCUUCAGAUAUUACCGACCUCUGUUUUUGCUUGUUUUUCUAUCUAUCCCAACAUGUCUACCCAUGUCUGCUUCCGCCUGUUAAUCUAGCUAGUCCUUCUUGUCUGUUAAUUCCUGUUUAUCUAUCUAACAAUCCAUAA